CACUGAUUCACUCUCCGUGCUGUAGACUGUGGACUGAGCAGAGCCUGGCCCUCCUCUUCCUCCUCCCCUUCCUCCUUUUGUUAGGGCUCCUGGCCUUUCUCUUCUCUCUGGAAAGCUAGGGCCCAUUCUCCGUUCCCAGGGAGAGAGUGCCCUCUAGUGCCUGGGAGGGUGAAGGCUGAGGAGGAGGGCAGGGCCAGAGGCCAAGUCUGAAAGGAAGCCCUGCCAGCCAAUGAGGGGUGAGCCGGCUGCAACUUGACUGUGGAGCUGGGAUAGCAAGGGACCCACAGGGCUGUGAUCCAUACUCUCCCUGUUGGUGACCUAGGACCUCAUGAGGAUGCUGCUAUGGUUUCUUGUCUUGUCUGCUUUGGAUCUCGCGGCCUGGGGGGAUUCCCUGGAGUUGUCCUGGAAUGAGACCCAAGCCAGGGGGCUGUCACAGGAGCUUCUGGACCUGUUUGUUGGCAUCUCACAGCUCAUUCACACAGGUCGCAAUGGUGCGCCCACCAUUGUCUCCCGCAAGGAGUGGGGAGCGAGAUCCCUGACCUGCAGGGCCCAGCUGACCCGGCCUGUGGCCUAUGUCAUCAUGGACCAGAUCACAGGGAUGGAAUGCGAGGAGCAGAACUCGUGCAGUCAAAAGCUGAGGGGCCUGCAGUCCCGUUCCGUCUACACCAAAGGCUGGUGUGAUGUGGCCUACAACUUCCUGGUUGGGAACGAUGGCAGGGUGUAUGAAGGUCUUGGCUGGAACAUCCAAGGCAUGCACACCCAGGGCUACAACAACAUCUCCCUGGGCCUCGCAUUCUUUGGGAAUAAUCUAGGCAGCAGUCCCAGCCCCACUGCCGUAUCAGCCGCAGAGGACCUGAUAUUCUAUGCCAUAAAGAAUGGUCACCUAUCCCCCAGGUAUAUUCAGCCACUUCUCUUGAAAGCAGAGAGCUGCCUGGUCCCUCAUCAGCCACUGAUGCCCAGGAAAGCUUGCCCCAACAUCAUCACAAGGUCAGCUUGGGAAGCCAGACAGACACACUGCCCUAAAAUGAGCCUCCCAGCCAAAUAUGUUGUCAUCAUCCACACCGCUGGGGCAACCUGCAAUGUAUCCAUGGACUGUCGGAUCCGCGUCCGAGAUAUACAAUCUUACCACAUUGACACAAAGGACUUCUGUGACAUCGGAUAUCACUUCCUGGUGGGCCAGGAUGGUGGUGUGUAUGAAGGAGUUGGCUGGCAUACCCAAGGCUCUCACACAUAUGGAUACAACGACAUUGGCCUAGGAAUUGCCUUCAUAGGCAACUUUGUAGAAAAACCACCGAAUGCUGCAGCGCUGGAGGCAGCUCAGAGCCUGAUCCACUGUUCCGUGGUCAAGGGGCAUCUGGUCCCCAACUACCUGUUGGUGGGGCACAGCGAUGUGACCAAUAUUCUGUCUCCUGGACGAGCUUUGUACAACAUCAUUAAGACUUGGCCUCAUUUCAGACAAUGAGGGAACCCCAGUUCCUUCCAAUACCACCCCCUCCCCAACCCUGGCUUCUGAGCCUCCUCUUCUUCACCUUCCAUCCUGGCUCAAUACCUGAGACCCCUCCCUGCCAGCCCCAUCCUGUUUCUUCUGCUUCAGGUUAGUAUGAUCAUUUCCUAACUAGUAGGAUCAGUUCCAUAUGAUCAAACCCCAUAGUGGGGCAUUCCGGCCCUCUGAGUCUGCACCCAGCCCCCUUCCCUCCUCACCUUCCUCUCCCCAGUACCCACCUCCUCACCCAGCUGAGCCUUCUUGUCCCUUUGUACACACCCCUCUCCUGGUGUGCCUUCCCCUGCCGAUGGUGUAGCCAUGUAUUCCGGGAAACAAACUCACUCAGAAUGACAAUGCAGAUAGUGGAGUGCAGUUCAUUACACCAGCCGGCCCAAGGCACAGUCUCCUCUUAGCCAAGGAUGCUGACCGACUUUUGUGAAAACCUUAUAUACCUUAAGUCUACUACUCAAGUCCACACCCCCAGAUUCCUUAAACCUAGCCUGUAAAGUGUUAAAGGGAGAUACAGUCAGGUUACAGCCAUGAUUCACCAUCAGAAGGGUCAGCUGGUUAUGCAUUGUAGCCUACACCAAUGGGUGCCAUAAAGAUCAAGGUGAUUGACUACAUAGGGGAUUAUUACAUUCUUUUUGGUGACGGGAAGUCUUGGUAUGGAAUCUGGUGUUUAUCAGUCCGGGAGGCCAGUUUGGCCAUAGGUAUGUUAUCCCCAUGGCUACCAGGCAUAUAGUCCAAAGCUCACCGAAAAUGGAAGAUGGAGUUUCCUUCUUUUUCAAGAUGGAGUCUGCUCGGCCUGUUCCUUUCCUCGCUCACCAUCUGCCUGGCAGCCCGCAGCCUCACAUGUGACCCAGGUCAACAUCCCAGCCCCUCCUCUCUGUUCACACAUGACCUUGUCCCUAUCUGGAUGCAGCCCUUGUUUCAGGGCAGUGAUUAUUUAUAGAAAUUCUCUCCACUGGGUUGUGAGUUUGUCCAGUUUCAUUUGUGUCUGUGUCCUCAGUUCUUCAGCAGUAUCUGAAAAGUGAAAGUCACUCAGUCGUGUCCUGCUCUUUGUAACCCCAAGAACUAUACAGUUCAUGGAAUUCUCCAGGCCAGAAUAUUGGAGUGAGUAGCCUUUCCCUUCUCCAGGGGAUCUUCCCAACCCAGGGAUCGAACCAGGGUCUCCUGCAUUGCAGGUGGAUUCUUUACCAACUGAGCUAUCAGGGAAGGUGCUACAAUUGGAGAAAUGGAUGAAUAAAUGAAUAAGUGGACCAUGUCCUUGCUCCCCUUUCCAAUUUGCUUAUCAUCCCCCUUUUGGGGAAGACUUGCUGGAUGAUACCUCAUCCUACCAGCAUUCUCUCUGUUCUGUUGCCUCCCAAUCUGAGACUCAGAGCUGUUCUGGUUGCCCAACUGCAAUGGUUAUUGUGUCUCUGUGUCCCCAUCCUCCCAGAGCUCCCUGAGGGCAGAGGCUGUGUCCACACAGCACUGCUCUCUGUCCUUCCCUGGUUUGGUCUGCUAGGCAUCAAGCUGAGCGGGGACUCAGAGCUUGGGGGCUCUGCAGCCUCCCUUCCUGGUCUCCUCCCGCCCCAAGUGAAGCCUCAUCCUUUCAGGUGGGGGAAACACUGACUGCUCUUUACUAGAAGCACAGGAACUGGAAACUCCCUGCUAGUCAUUAGUUUUUCCUGAUCUGGAAACAAGGAAAAGAGGAAGAUGGGGAGAAACAUGGACUCCCCACCCCAUCCUUUGGUAUUCACACGAGCCUUUGCUUUUAGAGUGUUUCACAGCUCUUAGAACAAAGCAGGUUCAGCGUCUCAUUUUCACAGCUGUUUGUGCUUUUCAAAGACUGUCCCCCAAUCUCACUGGAUUCACUUUAUCCUCAGGCCACCUGGGCACAGAAGCAGGGGAAGGAAUUGUUUAUCUAGAGAGUCGAGUAGGCCUGGGGGUCUCAAUGCCCCUUUCUGAUUUACAGAGCCAGGGGGAGAGGGAAGGCUGCUCUAGGAGGAGACUCCCUUGGGAUGGGAGUCACUGGACCAGAAGCUCUGGUCAACCCAGUCCUUUCUUAGGGGUGAAACUUCCCCAACUUGCCACAGUGUGUCUCCCCUUCUCUUACAACAUCCAGGGUGAGUUUCAGAGCCCUUCCUACAGGGAGUAGACAAAAAGGUGGAUGUGUGAUGAGAAAUGAUCUCAAGAAAAGAGCUGCCCUCCAGCUUUCUCUGCCUUUCUUACCACCCUCCAAAGUGGAGGGUCUCUGGCCUUUGAUUCAAAGCACAUUCCUGGCCUCAGGGUCUCACUAGCCUCCCCAGCCCCUGCCCCAGGCAGGCUUUCCUGGGGGUGAGAGUGGUGGUGGGUUGCAGACACCCCCAUCUCCAUCAGUGCUCAUCAAGGCCUCCUCAAAUCAGCAUUAUUGCAGGGUCUGAAUUAUUGUCUUUUCAAGAUUAUUUACUUUUAUUAGUCUUAAAUACACAUAAUCUAGGUGAAACCAGAGCACUCAGUAGGAAAAUGCUUUUUCAAGGUCAAUCCUGAGGCAGCCAAUUCCAUUCGGUUGGCUCUUGGGAGUACUUUGUGUGCAGAAAUUCUUUCCAGCUCCCCUUUAAUUAUUUAAAGUGGAAUUCAAAGAAUUCCCCGGUGGUCUAAUGGUUAGCUGUCACUGCUGAGGCCCAGGUUUGAUCCCUGGUGAGGGAACUAAGAUCCUGUAAGCCAUGAGGGGUGGCCCAAAAAAAAAAAUUGGAGUUCAUACUAACAUCCCUCCUCAGAGGUUAGCUGUGAGGAUUAAGUGAAUUUAGAGUCCUCGGACUCGUGGUUGGAUAUAAUGUGGUCCUGCCAAAGUUGAGGUGGUAUCACGGUUCUUCUUGCUCUUGUGGUGGUGGUUGCAAUCUGUUACUGCUGUUUGACUCCGGCAGGAAGGCUACACCCUUGUGGGCAUCAGUCUCAGCCUCCUGGGGAGUUGGCAAAGGCUGGUGAGAGCAGGGAGGAGCCCCACAGGUCGGGCACAGGUGAAGGAGCCCUUGGGACGGGAGGGACACAGUGGCUUCACGACCCUGGACUUUCAGGGCUGGAGGGCCUCUAAGCCCAUCUUGUUAGCUGUUUUCCACAACUGUAAGCUCAGAAAGAAAAACAAUGCCACAAAAACUUUUAUUUGAUUCUGGGAUACUAAUUCGAUUUAAGCCUAUUUUCCAGAAAACUGAAACCAAAGAGGGGCAGAUGACUUGUUUAAGUUCAUUCAAUGAGUUAAAUAAAAGAGGAACCCUCAGAUUCUUUUUUUUUUUUUUUAACUUUAUUGAUCUUUCUUUAAGGGAUGAGAUUAUUUGUUUGGCUGUGCCAGGUCUUAGCUGCAUCAUGCAGAAUCUUUGGUUACAGCAUGUGGGAUCUAGUUGCCUAACCAGGGAUUGAAUCUGGGCCCCUUGCACUGGGAUCAGGAGGUGUCUUAAUCCCUGUACUGAAGGAGGAAACAGAACAGGCUCCAUCUUGGGCCAUACUGUGGACUUUAUGCCCAGAUACUAUAUGCCCAGUAUCUAUGGAAAUGACAUACCAACUGGAAAACCAGGCCCCCGGAAGGAAGAGCCUCAGGGCUCUCCAUUGCCUAAAAGA